UUCAUGGCCGUAGUCAUAGCAUUUACACGUAGUGCAUUACCUUGCGUUCGUGGUCUCCCGGAGUGCCGCCGCUGGUCCUCGUCGAACCUGUAACGAAACUCUAGUGCAUUUUAGCUACAGCAACGCUGACUCACCCGCGGUCCCCUCCCCAUCUUCCGGCUCGGAUUGCAGACUCGUGUCUCGCGCUACGAAGGUUGUCAGGUCCUGGUCUCUGGAAGUCAGCACGUAUCGUCGCUGGAAAGAGCCGUAGGCAGACUAGUUCCUGCCGAUAGAAUCCAUUCUAGUAGGUCCGCCUCAGUCAGCUCGUCGGUUUUUUCCUGUACGGGUUGAUACGUCUGCUGGGGAAAAAUCGACAUCUGCCAGCUAUCGUCAUGCGACCGUCCGCUAUUUGCGGAGGCGGGCUCGCGAGCCUCCCUGUCAGUCGACCAGUGAGCCUCUCGGAUGGCCCAGCAGGUAGCCGAAUAACGGCCGCUGCUGCCGCGGGUCAGCUGUACGCAGAUCCGUUAGGACUAGUCCCACCACGGGUCCUAACUAAGCGGCUACUAUUGUUAAAUAGCAGGUCUCGGAGAACCCACCAUGGAUUCCCGCCGAACAGGAACAAAUCUAGCAGCGUCCACGUGUCAGGACGCGAUAGGCUGUUCCUCCGCGUGGCAGCUCAGAGCCGGCACCUGGAUUGGGUGGAGAACACCCCUGACGGUGAUAAUGGCCGCGGCAACCCCUAUGGUGCCGAUAAGCUCGAUGGUGGCGAUAAUGUUGACCGCGGCAAUCCCUAUGGUGGCCGCGACAUUCCUCAUGGCCCUGGCAGUUCUUAUGGUGGCGAUAGUCGCUCUGGUACCGAUGACCAGUAUCGCGAGGCUUCACAGCGCGCCGAUGGGAGGCCGUUGCCCGUGAUACCUCACGACGUCGCCAAGGCUCUCGUGGACAGCUUGGCGAAGGCUCACGAAAGCUCUCGCGAAAGUGACGACGCAGGCGACAACGAUUUCGACGAAACGGAAGGCUACGAUAACGAUCAUGCCAAGGACCGUGAUGUUGACUUUGACGGUUAUGAUGAUGAUGGUGAUGGCAUAACGGAGGAGAAUGAUGAUGAUGAUGAUGAUGUUAUGGCGGAGGGGAAGGGGAGAGACGCUGCGCCUGGUGAGUCGAGUGACCACCCGGCACGGUUCGAAUCUCCGGUAGCAGAGUCUGCAGCUCGCCUCGGACGUCUCAGAAGCAGCGAGGAGGAAUCGACGCUCAGUUCCUGGAGCUGGCCUGCUGAGUCAGUGUUUGCUGAGUCAGCUUCGACGCAAGACUCGUCAUCUGUUGCUGCAGGCGGCGGCGAGGCGACGGUGCGACAGCUGGCGUUCAACGGUUGGUCGUCUGACGUGGUUCGGGUUUCCCGACCUGGACCCCUGGCUGCUCCUCGAAAGGCGUCCAUCGCAAAGCCCCUUCUGCUCGCCUCUCUGCUCUGUGGCGCUGCUCUGCUGUACAGAGGGGCAAUGAAAGACAGAUGCUUCUCCCCUCUACAAUCACAUCGCGAUACAGUCACCACGGUCUCUGUUCAUAAAGGUGGGUCAUCUCAAGUGGGUGCUAAGGAGGGGGACUUGCAUGACGCGGGCACAGCAGCAGCAGGGGGGGAGGCCGCGGGGGAGAGAGGGGAGGAGCAGAGGGGAGGGGAAACAGAGGAGGUUGAGAAAGAGGUUGAGGUGAAGGAAGGGAGGGAGGCGGUUGGCGGGAGAAAGGAGCAGAGGAUAAGAGUGGUGGUGGCGCCUCACGUGAACCCAGAGCAUGCUCGCAUGCUGGAAGGACUCAAGGCGCUCCAGGUGAUAGAUGCUGACGUGGCAGCAGCAGGCAUAUGCACGAGGAGGGAGUUUGCCACGUGGCUCAUGGCGUUCAGUGAGAGGCUUCGUCCUCCCCGACUGAUAGGGUUUAUCCCGCCAUGUUUAUAGAGGGGAUAUCCGAACAGGCCUAUGCUGACGUGGUGCCUGAUGACAAGGACUUCACUCCAUUCAAGGUCUGGCUGAAGCUGGCAUUCUGCCGAGCCUGUUGGGUCAGAGAGACGAGGCAGGAGGGGCAACAGUAGGGGAAGGGAGGGGGGAGGAGGAGAGUUUAUUU